CACCGACCUCAACUGGGCGGCAAUCGUGCGUGCAAUCGUUUAUGUGUCCGAAAGUCAUUCACGGGGAGCCCAUUUUGUAUGUGAUGGUCCGUGCAUUGUUGAUUUCCCCAUACAAAGUGGGCCGCUCACAUUUGCCCCCUUCCCGGGCUGCAACUGACACACUUUAUCUCUACUACUGUCAUCUUUUAUUCUCAAGAUGAAGAUAUUCAAUCGACCUGGUCGACUGGGUCGGCCGACAUAUCUACCUCUUUUACGCCGGUCUUCCAAUGUCGCAAUACUCGACCAAGCAGUGAAAAUUGAGGAACAAAAAAUGCCUGCAUACGAUCGGGGACUUUAUUAUGCCGUCAAACUCGGAGACGUGUUUCGCUCUCGAUAUCGGGUUAUCAGCAAGUUGGGAUUUGGUGCUACUUCUACAGUCUGGUUCCGUCGUGACCUUCUCGAGGGUCGGUGCAUCGCACUAAAAAUAUUCAUCCGCAGUUCAAAGACAAACCAAGAAGUGAGGUUCCCCGCCUCGUCAGGAACUGAUGUUUGUCUGCCUGUUUGAACCCAAUCGUAUGGGAAGGAGAAAUCGGGAAAUGUAAUGCAAUCAAACAAGAAGCGCUUUCAUAGUCUCCAGCAUUAUCUACCAAUAUUGUGAUUCCCCGCGAUCUGUCAGUGCCCUAAUUGUAAUCAGAUCAGGUAUAUCAACCUCUGUGAUUCAUCUUCUAACAAGAUUUAUCUUGUGAGGGUAACCUCAGCUCCCCUACCCCAGACUCUUAGUAUUCAUCUAUAUACUGAACUUGAAUGCGAAUCCAG